CUCGCUGCGUGAAACCUGCUCAGCCGCUCGUCUCCGGCUGCCCCGGACCUAGCUCCUGCCCCGUGCCCGGGUUUCUGGGGUACUCGAGAAGCCACCCAGCGCUUCUGUAACGGAGGGGAGCAUCCCUCCCUCCCUCCCGGGGUUGUAAGGCGCGGGGAAGGGUCGGUGGGGGGCAGCGAGCUGCCAGUGCUUGUCUGGGGGUUCCCCUGUAUGUGACGUGGGCGAACCCGGCCCUCUGCGCUUGCCAGGGGCUCCCUUUGCAUGUGCUUUGCCAUCACCCGCAGUAAUACCGGCUAUGGCGGCUGCUCGCCUACAGCUGCUCCCCUUGGAUCCGGGAGACGAAGGCACGCAGAGAUGCAGGAUGGGACCCGCCACUCUGUCCUCUCUGGGAGCCAGGCUCGGGGCCCCAGUCAAGAUCACGGUUCCUGGUGGCUGCUGUUUGUGCACUGCUUGGCCCAGGCAUGAUGUGACUGAUGGCUACCUGCAGCUAGAUCUGAAAUGCAGAACUUCAGGUUUAACUGCAAGCAAGUUGAAAAGUCUCACACUGAGUGUCAGCCACUUGAAGCUUUUGGCCUGUCACCCGCUGAGAAAAGUAAUAGUGAAAGUGGUACUUAAGAAUCUUGCCUUGAAAAAGGCCACCCCACAAGCAACACUGCAGGAGAUAGUGAAAGAGCUGCUGAGAAAUGUGUAUGUUUCUCUUCACCAUGUUGUUACUGCUGCCCCAAUUCCUGGAAAUCCAGUGGUGUGUGUUGAAAUACUGUCUGUAGAUCCAUUUACAGAACAAGCUGGCCUGAUAACCCCCAAAACUAAUAUAAAUGUUAAAGAAGUGGUCACUUUAGAAUGGUACAGACACUUGUCAAAUGAUACCACAAAAAUUUCAGUUGCAGGAAUGGAUGAUUUGGGCAGCUCUUUGAAGGAGAGAAUUGUUUUGCCUUUCCAUUUCCCCAAAACCUUCAAGAAGUUGGGUAUCUCUGUCCUUAGUGGAGUACUGUUGGUGGGCCCUCCAGGUGUGGGGAAGACUCUUCUUGUAAAGGCAGUUGCAAGGGAAGUGGGAGCAUAUUUACUUUGCAUCAGUGGUCCAGCUAUAUAUGGCUCAAGGCCUGGAGAAAGUGAAGAAAAUUUGCGAAGAGUUUUUGAACAAGGCAGGGAAUUGUCCUGCGAAGGACCAACCAUUCUCUUUAUUGAUGAAAUUGACUCUUUGUGCCCUAAACGGGGAAGUUCGAACAGCAUCCCUGAAAAUCGCAUUGUUGCUCAAUUGUUAACACUUAUGGAUGGCAUAGGCAGUGAAAAUGAGAUGGUUGUUAUGGCAGCAACAAACAGGCCCGAUGCCUUAGAUUCUGCACUGAGGAGACAUGGUAGAUUUGACCAAGAGAUUAUCAUUGGAACGCCAACACUUAAACAGAGAAGAUCUAUUCUACAGCUGAUUACUUCUAAUAUGCCUAUUUCCACUGAUGUUGAUUUGAUUAACCUAGCAGAAAUGACAACUGGAUAUGUUGGAGCUGAUCUUACAGCACUCUGCAGAGAAGCUGCUAUGCAAGCUGUCCUGCGCAGCUGUUUGGAUUCAGUUCACAUGUUGAUUAACAUGGCAGACUUCCAUGAAGCUUUUAAAAAAAUUCAGCCAUCUUCCUUUCGAAGCAGUGUUGGACUAAUUGAUUUUAAACCUGUUACUUGGGACCAAAUUGGUGGUCUUGAAGAUGUGAAAUUAAAGUUAAAACAGAGUAUUGAGUGGCCUAUGAAGUUUCCUCAGGCUUUUGUGAGGAUGGGACUGUCUCAGCCAAAGGGUAUUCUCCUCUAUGGGCCACCGGGAUGUUGCAAAACCACUCUGGUGAAGGCUGUGGCGACAAGCUGCCAUUGUUCCUUUCUUUCUGUUAGUGGUGCUGACCUUUUUUCACCUUAUGUUGGAGAUUCAGAGAAGAUUUUAUCUCAGGUUUUUCGGCAAGCAAGAGCACAUACUCCAGCAAUAAUAUUCCUGGAUGAGAUUGAUUCUAUCCUAGGAUCUCGAUCAGCCUGCAGAACUGGACAUGGUGCCUCUGAGAAGGUUCUUUCUGUCCUCCUUAAUGAAUUAGAUGGCGUUGGAGUUAAAGUCACAGAGAGAAGAGAGAAUAAAUUACAGCUUGAAAGUGAUUGUCAAGAACAAAAUGAAAAGGAGAGACAGCUAGAGUUUCAAGAAGUUUUGAACAAAAAUGUUAUGAUAGUUGCUGCAACAAAUAGACCAGACAUGUUGGAUGAUGCCUUGUUGCGUCCUGGAAGGUUAGACAAGAUCAUCUAUAUUCCACCUCCAGACCAGAAGGGAAGGCUUUCUAUUUUGAAAAUUUGCACACAAAAAAUCCCAGUAGAUUCUGAUGUGUCAUUAGAAUACCUAGCUGUGCAAACCAAACUCUUUUCUGGAGCUGAUAUUGAAACUCUCUGCAAGGAGGCUGCUUUGCAGGCAUUACAAGAGAAUGGACUUGAAGCAACUAGUGUGAAACAUGAGCAUUUUGUGAAAUCACUCAAGACUGUAAUGCCAUCAUUAACCCUCACAGAUUUGAAUUUUUAUGAAAAAUUAUUUAAAGAGGAAGUAUCUGCUUAAAUCGGAAAAAUUUGAAGAAUGACAUGCAAAAAUUUGUCGGUUGUUUUGAUUUUUUUUAAUCUGUUGUGUAAUCUUAUAUUAUUUUGUGUAACAGAUCUAAAAGUAACCUGCGCACAAAGAUGCACAUUUUCCUUUCCUUUAGUGUAGAAAGGAUUGAAAUAAAUAUAUUCAUGUUCACUCUGCUGGAUUUUGGUUUAGAAGUAUUAAGCAUGGUCUUCCAUAGACUUUCCACCUCCAAGACCCAGUCAGUAAGCACUUCUGUGAGCGAAAAUUUCACUGUUAAGGCCAAUACCAGUAAGAAAUCUGACACAAUCUAAGAGGCCAUCCACAAUUUCCAGAAAUCUUUGAGGAUUUGUAUAGCAUACUGAAAACUGCCUUUAACUGAAGGCUCAAGAAUAUUAAAUCCUUAAUAAAGAUUCAUUUUCUCCAAGGCACUUGAUGAAUUAAGUAGACGUAGACAAAAAUUAAAUUUUGAAAGUCAAAUAAGUCACUUUUCAUUUCGGUAAGAUUUUUACUAUUUUUGUACUGUAAUGUUGUCACGAUCACUAGUCGCUAGUUCCCCAUAGUCCACAGAAUAGUCUAAGCUAGACAAAAACUAAAUAUCUAAUGUAAAAAAGCAGAGAAUAAAGCUUUUAGAAAAAAAACCCUUUUGUGCCACAUUGAUACCUCAUAAAGAAAUAAAAAGGAGCAUAAAUUGCUUUUAAUUGCUGUUACACAAGUCUGUAUUUGCAAUCGUAAUUUGAAGCAUAGAUAUUUUCCUUAUGGACUGCAGCUUGCAUUGUAUCUCGUGUGUGCUGCUUUGUAAUGUUAUAAUUUUAUGGGUUUGUAUGUACUCGAGCAAGAUUUUACUUGUUCUAGAUUACAGAAAUCUUUCUCAUGAAAGGAAAAAUACAUUCAAAUCUUUUUUGCAAUAAAUAUAACAAUGUCUUUUAAAGCUCCUGAAUUUUCAGAAAACAUUCUCCUGAUGGAGGCCUGUUAUUGAUGUGAACUAAAUUUGAGUGACAGAGACUUGCUUAAUAUUAGGGUCCCUUACAGUGUCGCUGUUACACUUUUCCACAUAGCAGGUGGAUUUGGUCUAUAUUUAAGUCUGAAUUUGCAAGCCAAGCCUUUCACAAACCAAAAAAGUAAUCUAGUAAGAAGCUCUAUUUUGCAUGGUGAAGACUUUUUUUCCUUGGGGCUUACUGAAAAUUUAUCAAAAUUUAAUUUCCAAAUGUAGAUGAGCCCUUAGAAUAAAACAUAAAAUAUACUAAAUAAAUAAAAUGUUAGGCUGCCUUGUAUGAGUACAGUAUAGUAUACUAAGUGCCAUUAACUGUGAGACCUGUGUACCAUUAAAUUCAUGUCUAGGGGCCUCACAAUCUGCAAAUGCAUGUGUAUCAUAUAACUUAUAUUUGUAUAGUAUUUUUAGCAGCAGGCAUGCCAGAAGCACUUUUGGCUAUUGUAGGUAUAUAGCACCACUGAAAUGCACUGCAUUUGGUGGUCUGCACAUUUUUAAAUUUGGGAACCUGUUUUAUCCAAAAGAGUUGUUGUAAUGAAACAAGCAGAUAUCAGUACAAUUACAAACCUACAGUCAAGAGUUAAGCAAUAAUUGGUGCUAUGGGAGCAGUGGUUUUACGGACAAUCUUUUUGCAGUUUGAAUUUUGUCAAUCGGUACCCAAUUUUGCUCCUAUAUUUCAUCAUUCUUUGUGUUUGCAUUGUAAAUGGAAAUUUGUUAAAAUAUACUAGUAUCUGGAAGGGAAUGAUUAAAUAUUUUUACGGUGUAUUUUUUUGUUUGUUUCUCCUUUGGCUCGUCAGGGAAGGGAUUUAAAAAUGUAAUUGUGUUUCUGUCCGGGAAAAGCUCCAGGACUAUGCUUCUGUAGGUGGUAAGAAGAAACUCAAGUAAAAUACAAAAUCUAAGGUUAAAAUUCAGAAUGGGACAUUUUCUUUUUUCCUGUUGUGUGUAAUGAAACCCCAAGAAAAUUAUCUAAAUAGUGGCUGGACCUUGAAGAUUCCAUGGCAGUUGGAGAUGACAGCAAAGAGAGAGAAGCUGGCCACAGAUUCAAGCUAUUUAAUUUAUUAGCUCCACUAGUUCCACCACCAAAAGAGUACCCUGAUGUUCUUGCUGUUGCUGGCACCUAGAAACAUUACCAUCUUGCUGCAGGGUCCCUAAAACCCUAGGGCUGCUGUUGAAGAUCCAUGGUGAUGAGAGACAUAUAGGUCUACAGCUGCCGCUAUGGCCAACUUGGGCUUUUUCCAAAUGCUAAGGAAAUACAAAGAACUCAUUCCCUUGGUUGGUUUUGUUGGCUGUGCUGCAGUUGGGGCUGUAAGUUCUUCGUUGUAUGCCCUACACCACAAAAGUGAUGUGAUGUAAGCUUUCUUAUUUCUCUGAGUUACAUACUUGGUAUUGAGUUUUCUUUGCUGAACAGAUACACUUGCCUGAUUACCUCAUGGACUUCAGAAUAUGGGAGUAGGAUCUAGUAUUAACAAGUCUGGCAAUCCAGAACCUUGGGAAAGUGUGAAUCCCAACAAGUCUCAAAAGCUGGUAACAAUCAACCAGGAGUGGAAAUCCAUAGAGGAGCUGGAGAAGGUCAAAAAGAUGAUGAAAUGACAAAUUGCCAUUACCUCAAAAAUGAACUCUAUGAAUCUAGUGGAAUCAUUUCUGCACAAACUCGACUUUUGAAAUCAGUGUGCGGAAAUGCUUCUGCUACAUUUUUAGGGUCUCCCUACCUUUUUGGACUCUGGAUGAGGAAUUUCAUUUUGCUUUUAGUGGUUGCCUCAGAACAUCCACACAGUCCAAAAAUAAGCAUCUCUUUCAGGUACUUGUUUCAACAGUCAUGUUUAACUUGCUGUACAAUGUUCAAUAUACAGCGUAUUAAAGGAUGGAAAAUCCUUCGUAUAUGAGCUUUUUAGAAUGUUGAAUUAUUCUUCUGAAAAUGUUAUAGUUUGUAAUUUUAUAUUUCUUUUCUAAUAAAAUGGGCACUUACAUUUUAAUGUUUAGGUUUUGCAGAAGUCCCUGUGAUUUCAAAAAGAGCAGGAGUGAGUCCAUAAGGAGUGAAAGUGCCAAUAUUAUUUUAAAAGAGCCGCUCCAAAAUAAAAACUCAGGUCUGUAGCUUCUUAGUUCUUAAUUCCAUAUUUCAGUGGUGUUUGCUACUUGUGCCAAGAUUCUAUUUGUAUAUGGCAAUAUAAGCAGUCAUAAAAUACAUGCAUAGUAGAAAAAUGUAGACUUCCCAUUCAGAUAUGCUUAGUCCUGAUCCUACAGAGACUUAUACAUGCACUUCACUUUACACAGUGGUAGUUGUAUCAUUGACUUCUGUGGGACUACUUAAUACAUAAAUUUAAGCAUAUGUGAAAGUUUUUGAAGGAUCAGACCCUACGACAAUUUAUCAGCACUUCAGUAGUAGAGAAACAAGAGCAAAUCUUUUGUAUGUAUAAGUUCCUGCUGUUUAUCCUUUAGGAAUUGUUAUUAAAGUAAAAGAAGAUUAA